AUGUCAUCUAAUUUUCAACAAUUUUUUGCCGAAGCUGCUGAAUUUAGUAGUGAUGAAAAUAACAAUAAUAUGGAGGUGGAUUCGUCAAGUGAUGAUGAAUUAGAACUUAUUCAAAUUUGUUCAUUAUAUCCAGAAACUUUAAAUUCUGAACCUUCUACUUAUAAUCAUCCUAAAUCAGAUGAUUGGGUGAGAAAUAUGCUAUUUAAUUAUGAUGAAGUUAAAUUUAGAAGAACUUUAAGAAUGAACAAACCUACAUUUUUUGCACUAGUAGAUCAAAUUCAAAAUUAUUCUGUUUUUCAUUCUAAUUCAACUAAUCUUCAAACAGAAGUUAAAAUUCAACUUGCUGUAACAUUAUAUCGUUUAGGAUCUCCAUCAACUAUCUGGACUAAUUCUAUGUUAUUUGAUAUUGCUGAGGGUACUGUACAUUUAUUUAUGGAUAGAGUAGUUACUGCUAUAAGAUCUUUAAAAUCACAAUAUGUUCAAUGGCCAUCUGGAGAUCAUAAAAAAGAAAUACAUAAUGAAUUUGAACAAAUGCAAGGAUUUCCUUUAGUUAUUGGUGCAAUUGAUAGUUCUCAUAUACCAGUAUUUCAAGCUCCUAAUAGACUUAACAAAGAUGUAUAUUUUUCUAGAAAGCAUAAAUAUGAAAUUCAUUUAUAA